UACUGAUCCUCCGACAUCUCCUUUCCGCAGCCAUCUCAACCGACAUGACGUUCCCGACUACCCCGGCUACCGCGCGCCUAAUCGAAGUCGCCGAGGUAGCCUUCAUCAAUGCGCAGAUCCAGGGUGCGCGGCAGUUAUUUCCCAAGGAUGGAUUCCUCGCUGAGUCUAUUGGCGGCGGGGUCGCUGCCGUCACCAAGCCAUCUUUUGGGAGGAAGCUGAACCAUGUCGCCGGCUUUGGAAUGGAUGGCCCUGUCACGGAUAAGGACCUUGGGACCAUCCAGCGGCUUUACGAGAAAAUUGGGGUCCCGCCGGAGAUUAAUCUGUGUCCUUUUGCGCAUCCCAGCGCUUCGGAGGUGCUCAAAGCACGCGGGUAUCAGAUCUGUGCCGAGAUGAAUGUCUACGCUAUAUCCUUGCCGGACUACAAGACCGAGAGCGAAGAUGGUGCUGCGGCAAAUGGUAGUCAGCCAAGCGAUAACGCGAGCGAGAUCAUUAUUUCCCAUGUGUCGCCGGAGGAACAUAGCACAUUCAUCAAACUGUCGUCUGCUGGUUUCCAAGCCGGAAACCCCGAAUCAGAUCUCUUCCACACACUCGCUGCGACAGCAACAAUCCGCCCCGAUACAACACUCUACUUCGCCAGAAUCAAUGGUCAGAUUGCGGGAACAGGUGGGAUGGCGCUGCUUGAUACACCAUUAGGGCGAGUGGCGGAGCUCUACAUCGACAGCACUGUUCCUGACUUCCGAGGAAAGGGUAUUCAGUCAGCCCUGCUGAAAGCUCGACUGGCGGAGGCGAAGAACAGUGGGUGUGAGCUAGCGGCAGUUACGACGUGGCCUACUGGAACGAGUGCGAGGAAUGUUGAGCGGGCGGGGUUUAGAUUGGCGUAUAAAAAAGAUGUAUAUACUAUUUAGAAGCAAUGGAAUUCUCAAGUUAACACCAAGUCCAAGGGUGGCUCGUAAGGGAUCGCUGCAUUCGACCAACAGCAGAUUCAAAUCCCCAACGUCUCCCAACGCCGUAUAGUGGCUAUUCCUGAUUGGCUUAAAGAUUAAGAUGUACAAAGUAGCAAAGAGUCAG